UGAUGUGAUGAUAACCGUAACAUUUUAAUGUUCCCUGCAGUCCUGUGCGGGGUGCCAUCCCUGGGCCGGAUCGUGGGUGGCAUGGAUGCCCAAAGUGGACAGUGGCCCUGGCAGGCCAACCUUAACUUCAACGGUCAUCAUGUGUGUGGAGCAACCCUCAUCACUCCCCAGUGGUUGGUCACAGCUGCACAUUGCUUCCCUCCGGUGAAUCCAAUUAAUAUGUACGAUGUGACCCUGGGGGCCUUCCAGCUCAAAAACCCCUCACCAGAUAUUGUUGUGAGGCUGGUGUCAGAGGUGAUCAAGCACCCUGACUUCACCGAAGAUGAAGGGUCUAAAGGGGACCUUGCCCUGGUGAAGCUCAAGGAACCCGUUCCCUACACCCGCACAGUCCGGCCCAUUUGCCUGCCUGCUUCAUCUGUCAGUUUCCCCAGUGGCAUGAAGUGCACUGUCACCGGCUGGGGGAACGUGCUCACAUCUACAAGCCUCCCCUCACCCAUGACGUUACAGCAGCUUGAAGUGCCCAUUAUCGGGACGGACACCUGCAAGUGCCUGUACAGCAAGAACCCAGAUCCGGAGGACCCCCACAUUAUCCAUAGUGACAUGAUCUGUGCUGGCUUUGCUGAAGGAAAGAAGGAUGCCUGUCAGGGUGACUCCGGAGGACCUCUGUCCUGUCGCAUCGGCAAUGCUUGGUUGUUGGCUGGAGUAGUGAGCUGGGGAGAUACGUGUGGAGCCCCCAAUAGGCCUGGUGUCUAUAUCCGCACCUCAACCUAUGCUGACUGGAUUAAGGAGAAAGUCCCAGAAGUGGAGCUCAGUGAAGUGGUCGCCAGUGUGGAGCCAGUCUCUGAGGAGGGCAUGUGCCCCACCACUAUCCCUUCUGGACCUUAUGAUGGCAUCCAGCCCGCACCAGGCUGGAACCGUCCUAUCAACUCCGCCCAUCAUCCUUCAGACAGUGCUGCCUCCUGGGCUUGCACAGCCAGCCUGCCCCUCCUCCUCCUCCUCCUCCUCCUAAGCUUCCACUGCCUUGUAUAAAUCACACAGCAAUUGUGCAUCCUAUUGCACAGGGCAAUACCCAAGUGGAUGGUCCCACAAUUUCACGGUCUGUCACAGCUCAGGCUU